UAAAUUUGUAAUAUUUAUGAAAAGCUCCCUUGAAUCUUUUUGCUUGUAAGAAGGAAAUUCAACUAUAUCCGUUUGGGUGCAAGAAGAAGAUGAGCCUGCAGCCCCUCACCAAUGGCGAUAAGUCCAAAGCAAUUCUUGCUUUGUUCUCAUCUGCCAUGAUAACAACUUUCUCUGCUUCAAUCUUCUCCUUGUUAAAGAUCAGACUCCCUUUAUGGAGCCAUUCUUUCGAUCCAUGAAUCUCCAGAGCAAUGAUCCAUUUGAUUUCCCCAACCUUCCUUUAUACCACAACGCCAGUUAUCACAGCAAACCAUCUGCUUUCCUGGGCUGUUCUCCUGUGGCAAGAAACUCUAGUUCUUCCCCUUCAUUGGAUUUCUCCAGGGAGGAGUCGCCAAGGCACCCGAAUCUGCCAAGUCCUGUUUCCGGCUGUGUUGGAUCAUCACCAUCUGCUUUCUUUGCUGCUGAGGAGCUGAUGGGCUUCACUCAGAUGGAUUUCCACUCUGGUGCAUUCCCUCCAUUGCCCAAGUUCCAACCAAAGGAAGUUUUUGACUCGGUGUUGAGGUCUCCGACGCCUCCGCCAUAUCAAGUUCAGAGUUUCAACAAUAAUUUCAAUGAGUUCAUCUGUGAAGAUCAACAAGAGAGGGACUGGGAUGCUUCAGUGAGGGGUACAAGUUCACCUCUUGCGAAUGGGUGCCAUAUAUCAAAUUCUCCUGUCGAAAAGAUGAACUUUCAGCCCCCGAUCGAGAAGCAAGUGCCAAGGGCUUUCUUGAGUGUUCCCAUUACUCCUACGAGUGUCUCAUCUGGCAUGGCUAGCUCGAACAAAACACGAAUAAGAUGGACACCAGAUCUCCACCAGCGAUUCGUUGAGUGUGUAAAUUGCCUCGGGGGAUCUGAGAAAGCAACUCCUAAAGGGAUUCUGAAGUUGAUGAACUCACCUGGGUUAACCAUAUACCAUGUCAAGAGCCAUUUACAGAAAUAUCGCAUUGCUAAGCAUUUGCCAGAAUCUGCAGAAGGCAAAUGUGAACGAAGAGCUACUGCCAGUGUCACUGAGCUUGAUCCUAUAAUUGGCAUCCAACUUACAGAAGCAUUGCGCCUCCAACUCGAUGUCCAAAUGCGCCUUCACGAGCAACUUGAGAUUCAGAAAGAGUUGCAAAUGAGGAUUGAAGCACAAAGUAUGAAGCUCCAAAAGAUGAUAGAAGAACAAGGAAAACCAAAUGAUAGCGCAGUCGGGGCUAAAGAUACCGACAUUUCGUUCCAAACUAGCUCCGCGGAGAGUAUCGAAGAUGAACAGUUACUGCAUAUGGAAGAUUUGACACAGAAAGACAAUUUUCCAUCAACAAUGAGUUAAGACUUUGCUUUCAUUACAAGAAGUCUGUAUUCCGGUUUGAUAUGAUCACUCAUGGUGUUCGUAAGGGUUUGCAAGCCACUCUCAUUAGUAAGUCUUCAAGACAAACAGAUAGUCUGAUAAAUUUCAGUGGUGAAUGUAAACUUACAUGAUUAUGCCUAAUUUUACCUGCAUUAUUAAACAUUCA